CUAUUUUCUCCCAGUCUCCUAGGCGACCAGGUGAGAGAGCUUGCCGUACAGGUGAGGCAGCAGUGUUGGGGUUGGAGCCACCUGGAUUACCUGUCAGCCGGUCGCUCCCAGCACCGCUCCACGACUCUACCCCUGCCGCAGAUACUGCCUAGAUGUCAGCAGCAGCAGCGUGCAGCUCUGCUCAAUGAGAUUCCUCGAAACAUGGGCCAACUACAUGAAGAAAACAGACACCAACAAAGACGAAAUAAAGUCACCUGGAGGUCCUCAGGCUUCCAUGACAAUCGCCAACGGAUUCGUGGAGAGCCCAGUCAGGACCCAGGAGGGGGCGGAGGUGGCCGCGCAGAGUGGACCUGCGCCUGAGCCCCCGGCUCCGCUCCCCGAGCAGCCGCCGGCCCGCGGUGGCUGGGGCGGCAAGCACGAGUUCCUGCUCAGCUGCAUCGGCUACUGCGUGGGGCUGGGCAACGUGUGGAGGUUCCCUUACCUCUGCUACCGCAAUGGAGGAGGUGCGUUCCUCAUCCCCUACUGCAUCAUGAUGAUGGUGACGGGAUUGCCGCUCUUCCUGAUGGAGUUGAGUCUGGGCCAAUAUGGCGGCACCGGGCCCAUCACCGUGUGGAAGUGCUGCCCCCUGCUGAAAGGGAUCGGCAUUGGAAUGUUGGUGGUGGCCUCCCUGGUGUCCCUCUACUACAAUGUCAUCAUCGCAUGGACCUUCUACUACCUAGGCAGCUCCUUCCAGAACCCCCUGCCCUGGUCUUGUGAAGCCCCAGCAAACUUCCACCUGUGUCAGAAUCUGACAGCCAACCGCAGCUCUUUGAGUGCCAGUGAAUUCUUCUGGAAUGAGCGUGUGCUGGGACUACCCCACAGUGCAGGGCUGCAGGACCCGGGACGGGUUCGCUGGCAACUGGCCUUGUGUCUCCUGGUCGCCUGGGUCUUUAUCUUCCUCUGCUGCCUGAAGGGGAUUCGCAGCUCGGGCAAGAUGGUGUACGUGACGGCCACAUUCCCGUACCUGGUGUUGAUCGUGUUGAUCAUCCGCGGCGCCACGCUGCAGGGGUCACUGCAAGGGGUUCAGUUCUACCUCAGCACCAACUGGCAGCGACUUGGCAGCGCCCAGGUGUGGAACGAUGCUGCCUCCCAGAUAUUCUAUUCGUUGGGCAUCGGCUUUGGGGGUCUGCUAUCCAUGGCAUCUUACAACAAGUUCGACAACAAUGUGGUCAGGGACACGUUGAUCAUCGUCACCGGCAACUGCAUUACCAGUUUCAUUGCCGGCUUCGCCAUCUUCUCCAUCCUGGGACACAUGGCGUGGAAGAAGGGCGUGGCAGUCAGUGACGUGGCGGACACGGGUCCAGGCUUGGCAUUCGUGGCUUACCCAGAGGCCCUGGCGCUCCUGCCCGGCUCCUUCAUCUGGUCUAUUCUCUUCUUCCUGAUGCUCUUCACCCUGGGGAUCGAUACCCUGUUUGGGAACCUGGAGGGAAUCACGACGGCUGUGCUGGAUGAGUUCCCGGCGCUCCGGCAGCCCAGGCGGAAAGCCAUGUUCCUGGCUGCCCUCUGCUUCGUCUUCUACCUGCUGGGACUGCUGCUCGUCACAGAGGGGGGUAUCUACUGGUUCACACUGAUCGAUGCCUACAGCACCAGCUUUGGACUCAUCAUUAUUACCUUCUUCAUGUGUCUCGGCAUUGCCUUCUUCUACGGGGUCAACCAGUUCUGUGACGACAUUGUGGACAUGCUGAGGCUCUGCCCGCCCUGGUGCGUCACCAUGCUGCUCUACUUCAAGGCCUGCUGGAUUCUCUUCACACCUCUCCUGCUGCUGUUUAUCCUGAUUUACAUCUUUGUGGAGAUGUACAACACGCCGCUGCACUACGGCCCGUACGAGUACCCGGCCUGGGGCAAAGCACUAGGGGUGUGCCUGGGGGUGGUCAGCUGCAUACAGAUCCCCAUCUGGUCAGUGGUGGCCGUGGUCAGCGAGUCCGGCACCCUGCGUGACCGCUUCCGGAAGGCCAUCCGACCCUUGAACUCCUGGAAGGUGACCGGCGGUGACCGCACCUUCACCCAACACAUCAUCGACGUCCCCUUCCACGUCACCCUGACCGACCACGAGUUCACCAACGAGGGUCCGGGGCUCAGUGGCCAGAGCAGCGGGCCUGGUUCUGAGUGACCGCUGGCCGUGGGCCCAGGCUCAGAGGUCAGAGGUCAGGGGUUAGUGGCUGGACUGGCCGGGACCAGCCACAAGACGUGGCAAUGGGUCAACCCCCACUGACCUCUGACCUGGGCCCUGGCUCAAUGCUCGGACCACUCCUGCUGACCAGUAUUGAGGAUGGCUAGACUCUUGGCUCAAACACGGACAGCUCCACCAUCUCAGGCUGCAAUACAAGCGGGGGCCAGACAGCUGCUGGACCGGCCUGUCGCGGCCCCUGGCCCUGGACACACGGACAGCAUCUUCCAGUA